GAUACCCGGAUGUUUGUGAAGUACUUGAACAAGACUGGUUACUCGCAUCAAUGCCUCGGUCUCGUCAAUUAACAUUCAAGCAAAUUGUUUCUGCUUGGUGGGAAUGAAUUUGAAGCCGUACAAUAUUGCGGACCAAAACGGAACCAUGGACAGAAUGUGUUGACACUGUCGUCUUCAUUGGAUUCAAGUUUUACAGGUCUGCAGAGUGAAAGCAUUACACAACACCCACCAACAACCUGGAUAGUUAUCCGCUAGCAGAUCAACUGAGCAAGCAAGAGAUGCAAGAGACAACGAGGAAGUAAAACAUGAGAAAAGCAAACCAUUCACACUUAUAAAGCUGGACUGAGAGAAGACCAGAGGAUAAAGAGAGAGAGAAGGGGUGAGUUUUUGAGUUGCAGUGUGGAGGUUGGAGGGAGGUCAUGGUGUGGCAGGGGCUGUGGGUGUUUAAGCCCCGCUUUGGGAAGUGUGGGGGCCGGUUCAGAGUGGUGCCUGCUCUCUGUGUGCUGAUAGUCAGUGCUGCCCUGCUAGCUCUACUCUUCAUUGACUCCAUUGAGUCAUGGGCCACAUACAUGAAUAUGAACACAAUGGUAGAGGCACAGGGGGGGAUCAUACCCCCUCAGAGUGUCCCCCCAACCAGACCCGAGGAGUACCUCCAUAUGCCCAGCCCUCAUGUCUGCCAGCAUGCCAAGGCCUACCUCAUCACCGUGGUGACCUCCGUCCCAGCCAAUCAGAGGGCCCGCCAGGCCAUCCGGGACACGUGGGGUGGGGAGGUGGUCAGUGGUCAUAGGGUCAUGACCUUGUUCAUGCUCGGGGUGGCCUCUGACCCCGGGCUAGCCAAACUGCUGAUAGAUGAGUCCUGGGAAAGAGGGGAUCUGAUCCAAGGGCGUUUCUGGGAGUCCUACUCCAACCUGACCCUGAAGACGCUAUCGAUGCUGAGCUGGGCCCAACGGUUCUGCCCCCAGGCCCACUUCCUGGCCAAGGUGGACGAUGACGUCCUGUUCAACCCUGGGGCCCUUCUGCUCUACCUGAACAGCACCUACGAGCACGGGGACCUGUACCUGGGCCGGCUCCACCAAAACGUGGCCCCAGACCGAGACCCAGGCAGUUAAGCACUACCUCCCUAGAGGGGCGUACCCUGCCUCUGUCUUCCCUGACUACUGCAGCGGCACUGCCUACAUCCUGUCCCGCUCAGCCUUGCUCAAGAUCUCCCUGAUGGCCGCUGCCUCGCCUCCGUCCACUCCUCUGCCCCCCGAGAACAUGUUUGUGGGACUGUGUGCCCGUGAGGCUGGAAUGCUGCCCUCCCACUGCCCACUGUUCUCUGGUGGGCCUGUGGUGCUCUACGGGCGCUGCUGCUACCAGGCCAUGGUGUCCAUCCAUCACAUCUCCCCCAGCGAGAUGCUCCGGUUCUGGGCUGACAUCCACUCCCCUCUCUCCUGCUCCUGGUUGGAUAUGCGUGCCUCCCUGGGGGUCUGUAAAGUCCGGGUCAUGCUGGGGACCUUUCUGGGGGUGGAGCAGGGGCUAUGAGAGCGUUAUUGCCAUUGUGGAUAGAAAAUACUAUUGCGUUAUGGGGAGCUGUUUCUCUGCCAGUAUUUCAAUACUGUGAAUAGCACAAGCGGCAAGCACUCUAUUUCAUUAGCUACGAUGAGGAAUCACUGUGCAGUGUGAAAAUGUACUUUUAUUUUUAUAGACUUUUUGGAACACUUUAAAUGUAUUUUAUGGUGACGAUUAUUACGCUAGCAUUUUGUAAAAGCUGAAGCUAUAUGAAUCUGUUGAUUUAUUAGUGUGAAUAUAUUUUUAAGACUGUUAAAACACACACUACACAGACAUUAACUGUAGAUAUGAAAAUAUUACUGACCAGGAAACAUAACAUACAGGAUAUCCUAAUGUCAGUGUUUCACCUAUAUUAAUUUCGCAGUGUUUGAUAUUUCCUUUACAUUGUACUAUCCAGUACAACAAUGAAACAUAUAAACAUCAAAUGUAAAUGCUUAAAUGUCAAAUAAUUUCUCACGUUUGUCAUUUCAUUUGCUUGUUGUGAUAGCAUGAAUUGUGACAAAUUACAUCAAUUGGCAAUUGACAAUGCUUUUCCAUACUCCCUCCAGCAUGUGACAUUUUUUCAUUGUUUCGCCCAACAAGCAAGGAGUUUUUCUAUGGAGGUCAAUGAGAGGGUGUCGAAUUUGGUUAACAAAAAUAUUUAUGGAUUAUUUGCUGCAUGAGGUUUAUUUGAUCAAAUAGAAGUUUCGUAAUGAUUAUGUUGAUACGAGUCUACUGAUAUAAGUAGGACACAUGACAUCCCGGCAACUUUGAGAAAAAACAUGUUAAAUCGGAGUUGUCUCUAGAUGGCUAUGUAUAUUCAUGGCAUGCGGCUAGUACCAUAGCCUCUCUCCACUGAAUAUAGACGGUUGCGGGCGGUUGUCAACAUCCCUCAUCGGAUAUUCAAAAAAGGAUUACAAUAAUGAGCUGUAUCCACCAAUCCAAGGAAAGGAUAGGCGGGAGCUAGACAGCCCGCCAUGCCGCUUUGUGGGCAACGACUCCAUUGUUAGGGUGGAAAGACAUGUAUCUUGUCAGUAUACGGUAUCUAUAAUAUUUGGUAUUGCUAGCAUGCCCAGGCAACCUCUUCCUCUUCUACCACAUUGAAAAGGCAAAGGAGCAAUGAGGAAACUAUAUAACAUUUGAAUUUUGACAGUCUUAAACCACAGAGUUUGGAAAAUAAUUGUCAAUUGUAACUGAGAAAGCAUGAAUUGUGACAAAAAGAAAAUGCAGUCACAACAAGCAAAAACAUGAGAAAUAGUUUGUCAUUUAAGCAUUUAAAUGUUGUUUUUAAAUAUGUCAGUGUUGUACUGGAUAGUACCAUGGAAUUUAAAUAUGUGACUAGUUUCAUGAAACUACUUUACAGGAGAGGCAUUUCAAUAUAAUAAAAAGAAAAAGACCAAUGUCUUCUGGAAGAUGUGAACUUUCAUGUGCCUUAAUCGUUAAUGUGUAUGCCAUCUGUAAAUAUGAAUAAAAAAAUUACAUUACAA